AAUCGUGUCAUGGAUGAUGCCCCAAAUCAGUUGCACCGUUGCACGCAUGCAAUAAAUACGCCGCGAAUUAUUUUAAAAUGUUUAUCGUGCUAGCAGUUACACUAGUGUUAUAUUUAUUAUGGCGAUGGUAUUUAAACGGUAUAUUAUGUGGUUUGAAAUCAUUGAGAGGUCCAGCGUCGUAUCCAUUUAUCGGAUCUCUUAUGACAUGUUAUCCUGUAUCGACCCUUAUGACGAGAUUGGGUGAUAUGUGUAAUAUUUAUGGUAAAACUUACAAAAUGACUAUCCCAUGGACGGCUGGUAUUGUUACGAUUGAUCUGGACCUAGUUGAAUAUAUCCUUACCUCGCAAGCUACCAUUAAUAAAAGUAUACUAUACAUUUUCUUAAAAGAAUGGUUGGGUGACGGUCUGCUUCUUAGCAAGUCAGCAAAGUGGCGAUUGAGAAGAAAAACCAUCACGCCUACCUUUCAUUUUAAAGUUUUAGACCAAUUUGUGCAGGUUUUUAAUAAGAACAAUCAAAUACUUGUUCAACAAUUGCAGAAGUCAAUUGAUAAACAAGAUGGUGCUGGUGUGGUAAACAUAGCACACUAUGUGACAUUAGCUGCGAUGGAUAACAUUGUAGAAACCGCAAUGGGUACUAGUAUGAAUUCACAACUUAAUGAUCAAUCAGACUACGUCUGGGCUACAAAGUUUAUGACGGCAAAUAUCUACGAUCAUAUUGUAAAUCCAAUAACAUAUCUAAAAGCAACCUAUAUCUUCACACCUGCUUACUGGAAAGAACGGAAAGCUCUGAAGAUUUUAAAAGAGUACACCAUGUCUUUGAUUAAAUCCAGAAGAGAAGCACUAAGUAAAGAAAAUAAGUCUACUUUGAUAAACAAUAACGCUGAUGUAGAAACAUAUAUUAACGAUGAAGAUUUUGGUAUAAAGAAAAAAACGGCUUUCUUAGAUUUACUCCUUCAAACGACCAUUGAUGGUAAACCAUUGAGUGACGAAGAUAUUAUGGAAGAAGUAGAUACCUUCAUGUUUGAAGGGCACGAUACUGUAAGUGCUGCAAUAUCCUUCACCCUAUUCUGCAUCGCGCAACAUCCUGAUAUCCAAUCAAAAGUAAUCGAAGAACAGCGCAGUAUAUUCGCUAAUGAACCCGAUAGAAAUAUCACCAGUGAAGAUUUGAAAAAUAUGACUUAUCUAGAAAUGGUCAUUAAAGAAGGCCUCAGAUUUUAUCCGUCUGUACCUAGUAUUGCUCGCAAUGUCUCCGAAGAUUUUCACUACAAAGAUAUUCAUGUUCGCAAGGGAACGACAAUUGCUAUUCCUAUUUUGACAAUUCAUAAAGACCCUUCAAACUUUCCCAAUCCGGAGAAGUUUAUACCAGAGCGCUUCCUUCCGGCUGAACAAAGCAAACGUCAUGCUUUUGCAUUCUUGCCAUUUAGUGCCGGUCAUCGAAAUUGCAUCGGACAACGAUUUGCAAUGAUGGAAAUGAAAGCUACAAUUAGCAAAGUAUGCAGACAUUUUGAACUAGGGAUGACAAACCCUCCUCACGAAUGUAUCCUUCCAUCAGCAGUUGUUCUAAUGUCCAAAAACGGAGUAAAUCUCACAAUAAAAACAAGAAAGUGGUAAAAAAACCAAAACAAAUAUUGAUUUAGAUGACUGUAACGCCACCUUGAUACAUCACUUAUACAGGAAUGUUAAAAUUAUUAGCAAACAAUUCAGUAAAUUAUAAUCGAAAACAAAAAUUAAAAUAAUAAAGAUGUUGUAGCGCUUGCCAGUUA